ACUCCUUGGCGUCCGGUAGAUAGUGAAGUCACCUAGCACUCGCCACACUGCUACGCGAGCUAGAGACCGACCUGCUCCAACCUCUUCGACCUUAACAGAGGACAGACGCAAUUUUAUACAUGGGGGCGGUAUGGCGGGCCAAUCAGAGUCUCUUCCACAAUACACUUGACCCAAAUUUUGAUCCCCACCCAGCGCGAGGGAUACGAGGAGCUUAUGUAUGCGGGACCACAACCUACCGUAUAUAUUGCUCUCAUCCGCCCCCCCGUCCCUCCCCGCCUUGGUUUUGGAUGGAGAUUUAUCCAGAGGUCGGCAGAUGAUGCCAUCGAGAAGGUGCUAUGUUCCAUUCUCUAGGUCCCCGAACAGACAAUUCACAGCCCUCAAGCGUCCCUCGACCAGUCGCCUACCCUGGCGACAACCUCCCCGAUGACAGCCGCGGCCCGAUGUUGAUCACCACAUCGGUAUUAUUGACAACAUUAGCCGUGGUAUUUGUGGCCGGAAGGGUGUACGGUAGAGCGGUGAUUCUGCGCAUCACCUGGUGGGAUGACUAUUGCCUUAUUAUUGCUACAUUGGCCGUGAUUGCACAUACCACAUGUAGCUGUGUAAUGGUGUCUAAUGGAUUCGGAAGCCAUGUAUGGAACGUCGGAAUCGAGAAUGCAUCACCUAACCUGAUGAUGGCACACAUAGGCCUCCAACUGCACAUCAUAUCUCUGGGCUUUAUCAAAGCCUCCCUUCUCCUCCAGCUCACUCGGUUUGCACCGUCACAACGCAUGAAACUCAUGAUCUGGUCAAUCUUCGCCUUCUCGGGCCUAUUCACCCUGGGCGGAUGGCUCGCGAUGUUAUUUAUCUGCCAACCGAUGUCGUACUUCUGGGAAAAAGUGGAUCCGACCAAGAAUGCGAAAGGCUCGUGUGGGAACUUUUCGAAGACGAUGGAUAUCACGGCUGUGAUCAGCAUCCUGACCGAUGCAAUCGUGUGGUUGCUCCCACUCAAGUUUAUUUGGCGGAUGAGACUACCAGCGAAACGGCAGAAGGCGGGGCUUAUGGCGGUGUUUGUGGCGGGUGGACUUGUCCCACUUGCGGCGGUCGCCCGCAUAGUCUACAGCGUCUACACCGACGACCCCGAGGAACACGACACAGAUCCCACCUAUCAGCCCGCCUUACUGGUACUUGCAUCCAGUGUGGAACUACACAUCGCGGUAAUCUGCAGCACAAUCCCGACGCUGCGUCCCGUCAUGCGUCGUCUCUUCCCUGGCCUGCUGGGCACUUACAACUCUACCGAAGAGGAUGUCAACCCGAACAUCAACCCGAACAACAAUAUCUCUACAUACCAUUCCCACGCUUGCUCGACAAAUAUUGGACUAAGUACUGUCCGCUCGAAGUCUGGGGGUGAUAAGUUUUCGCAGAGUACUGAGGAGUUUGCUGUGCCAGCGCCGGGGGAAGCGACAGAGACGGGGAGCCCAGCAGUGAGCACGGACAGUGUUAUCGUGAUAGUGCCAAAUAAAAGAGAGAUGGAAAGUGUUUGAAAUUAGGUGAGAGGGUUAGAUACGAACUGGGCAUUCUUUGGAGUUUUUGUUCGCGUUGGCGUUCUUUCGUUGUUCGCAUUCCGAUUGGCCCGAGUUGUGGACUACCACCGACGGCGGCGAACUGGUGAUUUGUAUUUUGUUGUAUCUUGGUUAAUUAGUUCUAAUUAUUAGAGAUUGCGUGCAUCUGUUGGCAUGAAUGAAAGAUUACGAUGUGGAAUGGGAUCAUUUU